UUGCACAUCGCGGGAACUUCAGACAGACCGGACCCAGUAGUCUGAUCCCUACGCCCACACCUGGGGCAGAGUGCAAAGCUGCGGACUUUCAUCGUCUUCUUUCCCCAGUCCAUAUUCGCCUCCUCCGCCGUCUCUUCUCCGUUUGAUGCAGAGUUGGGAUGUCUUCCUCUCUGACGAGGAAGUCCGUCCUUCAAUUCGCCUCCCUCCUUCUCCGUAUUAGCUUACUGCCAUGGCUUCAUUCACUUCAUCUCUGUGUUUAGACUUAAUUAGUUGAGCAUGAGGAAAGCUGCAAAACUCAUUCUUUCCGGUGAAUCAUUGGAAUGGUGACGAAGAUUGGGCGGUGGGAUUAAUGAUGGUUGGGGAAUUUCCAUGAAAUGGAUGAACAGCCUGCUGCGGGUGAUGAGGAUAGAAACCCAGCUGAGAGUUUGCGUGGAGGAGAAGAAGGGCUUCCGGUAACUGAAUCGAGUCCCAGUUCGGAACCUUUCGUGGGGAUGGGUUUCGGAUCGGAGGAGGCUGCUAAGGCCUUCUACGACGCGUACGCCACGAGAUUAGGUUUUGUGACGAGAGUGGACAGGCAGCGUCUCAUGAGUGAUGGGCGGAUUGUGUGGCACAGGUUCGUCUGCAAUAAGGAAGGCUUCCGAAGGUCGAGAGAGAAGAGGAGCAAGAACAGAAAAAAGCCCAGGGCGAUCGCGAGAGAAGGAUGCAAGGCGUCGAUCGUGGUUAGGAAGGAGAAGACGGGGAAUUGGGUCGUCACAAGGUUCGUGAAGGAGCAUAGCCAUCCGUUGGCAGCUGAGGCAAGCAGUCAUCAGACUGGCAUACUUCCCUCACAGACCCCUGACGCGAAGGACAUCAAGAUUCGGGAACUCAUGACAGAGUUACAGAGGGAGAGGAAGCGGUCUGCUGCAUACUCGGAGCAGAUCCAGAUGAUCUUGUGGGACAUGGAGGAACACUCUGGCCACCUAUCGAGAAACAUAGAUGAUGUUGUACAAACUCUUGAUAAAAACUUAAUCGAACAGAAGUCGAAUUAAUUUGGUGUCCCUCCCAAUGUUCAGGUAAUUAUAAGAGUACUUGUUCUUGAUCUGUAUAUCACCAAUACUCUACUCAGAAUGUAAAUUCGUUUUUGUACU